AUGGUCAACCUCAAGUUUGACAUCCUCUCGAUCAGCUGGAUCACCAGGCUCUCGCUGUCUUACAACAGAGUGUCAACUCUCCCAGCUGGGAUCGGCAGCCUCACCCAGCUGCAGAGUCUUGACCUCAGCCACAACCUCAUCACCUCCCUCCCACCGCAGAUCGGCCAGCUGACAAGCAUGAAGCAGCUGGAUCUUAGCUUCAACAUGCUUGACUCUCUCCCCAAGGAGAUGUCCUCUCUCCCCGACUGGUCAAAGCUCCUCCUCUCGCACAACAGGCUGUCGACGCUUCCUCCCUCCAUCUCUCGACUUUCUUCCCUCACUCACGCUGACCUCUCUGACUUUGGGCUGCAAGCAGUUCCUCCCGAUCUACUGGAAAACAGCAGCAUCCGCGUCGUCCUGCUCGGCCACAAUCAGAUUUCGUCCCUCCCCCCCUCUGUCCAGACUUGGACCUCCCUCGUCGAGCUCUGCUUGCAGGGCAACCGGAUCAACAGGCUCCCUGCUAGCAUCGGGUUCUGCACUGCUCUGACUUCCCUCGACCUCCGCCACAACCGUCUGCGCCGGUUGCCUCCGGAGAUGGGCAGGAUGCGAGCAUUGAACAAGCUCCUCCUCCUCGGCCAGCAUCACAACAGCAUCAAGGACCUCCCGACGGAUCUCGACCGGCUGACUCGCCUCCGCUCCCUCCGGGUGGACCACAACAUCCUUGAGAUGCUCCCCCCCGGCCUUCGCUUCCUGACUUCCCUCACCGAGCUGCUCGCCAACGACAACAUGCUCGAAGAAGUCUGCCCGGAGAUCGGAGCUUGCGUCCACCUGACAAGGCUGAACCUGCACGCGAACAAACUCGUUACUCUUCCCCACACCAUCGGCAACUGCUCCCUCCUCACACAGCUCACCAUCCACCAGAACAAGAUCAAGCUGCCGGAGGAGAUCGGUCACUUCACGCUACUGGACGAGCUCUUCUCCAUCUGCGACAACGAGCUUGUCGAGAUCCCCGAGAGCGUCGGGAACCUCGUGAGGCUUCGGAGCCUGAGGCUGUCGGGCAACAACCUGACCAUGCUGCCCGACAGCUUGUCAGAGCUUUUCACGGACCUCGUGCUGCUGUCGGUGGCGCACAACAAGGUGGAGUCGCUUACCGACAGGAUCAGCGUGCUGAGCAACCUGACGGUUCUGGAGCUAGAGGACAACCUGCUGCAGCACCUUCCCCAGAGCCUUGAGGGCAACCGCUCGCUGGUGAAGUUGACGCUGAACAGGAACCAGUUCCAGUCCUUCCCCGAAGUCAUCUUCGACCUGUCGGGCUUGCAGAUCCUGAACCUUGCGCUGAACCAGAUCGAGCUCGUCCCAGAGGCCUUGUGCGAGGCAAACACUGCGCUGAAGCUCCUUGCGCUGCAGCACAAUCAGAUCCAUGCGCUGCCCAGCAACAUCGGGCUCAUGGCGAACCUGAUCCUACUGGACCUUACUCAGAACCACAUCAUCUCCCUCCCCUCCAGCAUCUCCGCGUGUCAGAGGCUCAGGGCCCUCUUCCUCUCCGGCAAUCCCCUCCCCUCCUUUCCGCGCGACGUCCUCCUCCUCUCAAGGCUGCAGCAGGUCCUGUUCCUCUCGAGCCUCUCCCGCCUCCCUGACCCUCCUUGCGCAGUUGCGAUGCUCCAGCACACAACUCUCCGGCGUGCCUCCUGA